UUUUUUGUUUGUCUCGUGCGUGCGUGCGUGUGUGUGUGCUGCAAAGCAAAUUACCGCAAAAGACACCGGACAGUCUCGCCGUUUGCGCCGCGUUGAGCGAUUGACGAGUGUGAGUGUGUGUGAGGCGCAGUGUGUGCACGGCGUUGGUAGUGGUACGGCUCUACCAUACUCAGCAUACGGGAAGGGGCCAGGAAAACGCUGCUCCGUGGGGAAGAGUCAACGCGCCGAACGCGUCGUAGGGCAGCGGCACAAACCCAUCAACGUGUGUACGACGACGCCCUUGCGCGGUGUGUCCAUUUUCACCACUACGCUUCCCCCUACCCAACGCUUUCCACUACUGUCCCAAUCCUUCAUCCUCCAGUCCCAAGCAAAGCCACCCAGACACGCUUACCUUGGUCCCGUCACCCACCUUGGUCCAGCAAACCAGCAAACAAAACAAACCAAAAAAAAUUAUACAAAAACUCGCGCGCGCCACGUACACGCGCGCGCGGCAGUGGCUGUUGUGGUUGUGGGGUGAAUUACACAUUGGCAAUACGCACAAGGGCAAAGGGUAUACAAAUUCCCUGUGCAAAAACAGUUCGUAUGACCGCCCUCUCUCCCCUGUCACAGGUUGAAUGAGAUUUUAGCCUGAAAAUCCGCAACGCUGCCGCUACUACCGAUUGCGCCCGAUAAAUCAUUUUGCCAAAGCAGCAUCUAGUGGUGUACCACAAAAGGGGUCGCAAAGGAUCGUUUUAAGCUCGGGAAAGAAUUUUGGUAGCGCAAGAAAACCAAAAAGAACACAUCAUCUUUGCCCAUACCCGCGUUUGAGCGAAUGAUUCUUUCCGGCGAUCGCUGAUUGAUCGCUCGUUUCUUUCGGACUUUGGCGACUAGCAGGGCGCGCGUUCGGUGUGCAAUUUACACACACACACACACACAUACGUCAGGGAACCAGCACACAGCCCAAAGCAAAGGCAGAAGUAAAAGAAAAGAUAGAAAAGAGCCGUGGUGAUAUUUUCAACUGCAAAUCAUUCUCGCAUUCUUUCCCUUUGCACACACACACCAUUCAUAGUGUGAGUGUGUGUCGAUAGUGAUUUUUUUCUCAUCUUCUCUGUUGUUGUUGAUAGGAGAAACCAAAGGGGGUUGAAUAGGGAUAGAAGCGCGUGAACGAAACGGGUUUGAAGUUGAAAAAAUACGGCUAUCGAAUAGAACUCUCUAAUGAGCAGCAGCAGCAGCACGCUGAGUCUCGAAGCAGCUAACCAAAGCAACUAGCAAAAGGGAGAAGAAGGAAAAAGAGGGUAAAGAAACAUAUCAAGGAAAAGCGAUCAAGGAGGGGGAAACUAAGCUGAGAAAACAGCCAAAAGCUUCAAACACAGAACGGAACGAACUGGCGUGGUGGUGGUACCGAGAUUCUUAGCUUUUUAAUGUGAUGAGCUGCUGCUGAAUGGUUACUUUUUUGUAUACGUAUUGAGGAAGUGUGUAUGCAUGCGUGUAUGUGUGAUAGCGUGUGGCUGUGUGUGAGAGAAAGAGCAACAAACCAAAAAAAACCAGAAAGGGUGUGCAAGGUGCAAACGCGAAACGUGCGAAGGGUGAGAUCGUAGCAACUAAACCAGAACUGAUCCAGUGCGCGCUCGUUGCGUGUGUGUUGCUGUCUCUCUGGCGUUCUGACUCGUCUGCCCAUUUUCUCUCCCGGCGACGGAAGAAGCGUGAUCUGCAGGGCUGGUGAGGGGUCGAAAGCAUAGUCAGAGUCAAAAUAAAAAUUAAAGAAAAUAAAAAAAGCGGAAGCGAGCAAACCUAGGGUCAGUUGUGUGUGCGAAGGUACCGCGGGCAAAGAAGUGUGUAAAGUGAGAGGGAUCGGAUAAAGCAGCGGGAAAACCACGAAAGGUUGAAAGACAGGCCGCUUGAAAAAGGUUGGCUCAGGUUGCGUGUUUUUCGUUCAGUCAGACAACGGUCAUCCUCCUUCGUGCUCUCUCUCUCUUUCUGUCUCGGUAUUUGCUUCGCCGGCAAAGGGAGCGAAGAUAGAGCAACAUCUCUCCGCGCAAGAACCUGUGUGGAGAGUGUGAAGAAGAACGCUUAAAGGCACGCUGACGCGGCAUCAACAAUACGCGCGGUUGCGACUCGCUGCGAUCGAAGAUCGUCGACCGUUGCCGAGCGUAACGUAGCAAAACCGGUUCCAGACAUAAUCAAAAAUAAUUACCAACCAAUACCAAACCAGCUCUCGAGCACACAGCUCCUUCGCCCGGUCUCUCUUGGUGGCGUUCUUAAAGCAGGCGAGCAACAACCCUCUUCCCAGUUCUUUUUUUAUUUGAGGGCGUUUGUUGUGCGUGCUUCAAUCCCGUCUUGGAAUCGCUUUUUCGAUAGUCUGCGUGUGUGUGUAUGUGGUAUUGCAUACACACCACACGAAUACAUUCCGGAGGUGGUGAUCAUCAGUGGUCGCGUCGAUUUUGGUACGCGCGCCUACCAGCUAUAGAUCCAUCCGCGGGAAGCGAAGGUGAACGGCGGGCGCACCACCGCACAACGAGCACACAGCUAGCAACAGCACCACCAGCAGCACCAGUGCCCGCGACCGCGUCCCUACUGUACCAGCAGCAGCACCAGCAGCAACCGAGUCCAGCAGUGAGUGCCAGUGCUCCCUCGGCAACCAACGUCACUGCACUGUACGCGGCCGGUUCCUCCACGAUCCUGCACGUAGAGCUUGGUCGGGCCAGUACCGGCGAACUAGUGAGCGCGUCCGCGAACGGACUUUGCUGCAGUCAGCAGUUGUGCUACUGUGGACACUGCUACCAAGGGCAGGCCGUACCGCCACAGCAGCAGCAGGGUAUCUUCCUAUCGCCGGCGGCACCAGCGCUAACCACGCAGAGCUAUCCCGCGAUACUCGCGCAGGAUCAGCAACACCCCGUCGUCGUUGGACGGUACGCGGACAUCUCCGGUGUCAACACGAACAGUGGCAGCAGCUGCAGCAGCAGUAGUACUACGGAGCUGCUGAAUCACUCGUCCUCCCCGACGUCGUCCGGUGAGAUCGGCUACUAUACGACUGGCGGUACCGCCACCAGCACCACGUCCACACCGUACCAUCACGCGUAUCCGGCUCCGCAGCUGUUGAGCCACCAUCCCCAUCAUCCCCACCAUCCGCAUCCACAUCAUCUGCCGGCGCAUCAUCCGCAUCCGCUGCUAGUUCAGCAACCGUUCCAGCAACUCGCUCAUCAGCAGCAACAGUUGCAACUCUACCACCACUACCACCUUCACCAGCAGCAGCAGCAGCAGCAGCAGCACCAGUUUCAACAGCAACUUCAGCAGUACUUCGACAGCAGCCACAGCAGUCUCAGCAACAGCAGCGGGAGCAGCAUCGUCAGCAGCAAGACACUAAGCAUGCGAGGAAGCGACGAACUACUUAGUCAAGCAGCUGUUAUGGCUCCAGCGUCGGACAACAACAACCAGGAUCUCGCCACCAAGAAAGCCAAACUGGACAGCACCAACACAGUGAUCGGUAUGGGCAUCACGAAAACAUCGCGCGUGGUGCACAUCCGCAACAUCCCGAACGAGGUGAGCGAAGCCGAAAUUAUGCAGCUCGGGCUGCCGUUCGGACGCGUCACGAACGUGCUGGUGCUGAAGGGCAAAAAUCAGGCUUUCAUCGAGAUGGGCGAUGAGACGGCUGCCUCGACGAUGGUGAGCGUGUUCCACGCCAAUCCGCCACCGCUGCGGGGCCGUACGGUUUACGUGCAAUACUCCAACCAUCGGGAAUUGAAGAUCGAUCAAAACCAUGCAAUUGCGAACGUUACGAACGCGCUGCAAGCACAGGAUCUCACGCAGUCACCGACCGGGUCGCCGUUGCCGCUAUCGAUCGAACAUACCAACAGCAACUCGCAGAACGCCAGCAGCAACAACACGAACAACAGCUCCACGACACCGAGCAGCGGUGGUGGUGGUGGCGGCGGCGGCAGCGGUGCACCCAACACCGUGCUCCGGGUAAUCGUCGAGUCGCUGCUGUAUCCAGUUUCGCUUGACGUGCUGCAUCAGAUAUUCCAGCGGUUCGGAAAAGUGCUGAAAAUUGUCACCUUCACCAAAAACAACUCGUUCCAGGCUCUGAUACAGUAUCCCGAUGCGCAGACCGCCCAGACCGCGCGAGCAUCGCUGGACGGGCAGAACAUCUACAACGGGUGCUGCACGCUGCGCAUCGACAACAGCAAGCUGACGGCACUGAACGUGAAGUACAACAAUGACAAGUCGCGAGACUACACCAACCCGUCGCUGCCGUCCGGUGAGCCGGGCAGCGACGUCAUCGCGAGUGCCGGCGGGCUGGUAUCGGCGAGCGAUCUGCUCCUGCUGGCGACCGGUCAGCGACCGCAGCUGUCCCGCGACCGACUAGUCAAAUUAGACAAAUCUCCCUAUUUUCUAGUGAACGGCUUAGCGACGCCGGGCGUGAUGCCACCGUUCGGGCUCGGGCUCGGUACGCCGGCACUCGCGAGUGCCUAUGGUGGCGCCCUGCCCAGCCUGAACGCGUUUGCGCUCGCAUCGAACGGUGCCCUCGGAACGCCGAACCCAGCCAACGUGCGGGGACUCUCCAACGUGCUGCUCGUUUCCAAUCUCAACGACGAGAUGGUCACGCCUGAUGCUCUAUUUACCCUCUUUGGAGUGUAUGGUGAUGUACAACGUGUAAAGAUUCUCUACAACAAGAAAGAUUCAGCAUUGAUUCAGAUGGCUGAACCCUACCAGGCGUAUUUGGCUAUGACCCAUUUGGAUAAGCUUCGUAUCUGGAACAAAACGAUCCGCGUGAUGCCGAGCAAACAUCAGGCGGUGCAGCUGCCGAAGGAGGGCCAGCCGGACGCGGGACUGACCCGCGACUAUGCACAAAACCCGCUGCAUCGAUUCAAGAAACCAGGCAGCAAAAACUACCAGAACAUCUAUCCACCAUCUGCUACACUGCAUUUAAGCAACAUUCCAGCUACCGUAACCGAGGAUGAAAUCAAGGAAGCUUUCACCAAGAACAGCUUUGAAGUAAAAGCUUUCAAAUUUUUCCCGAAGGACCACAAGAUGGCGCUGAUACAGCUCAGCUCGAUCGAGGAAGCGGUGUGCGCGCUGAUCAAGAUGCACAACUACCAGCUGUCCGAGUCGAACCAUUUGCGCGUCAGCUUCUCCAAGUCCAACAUCUAACUGCGAGCGCCCGCGUACGCGAGCGCCAAACACGGUACAUCGCCGGUACAGCUGCCAGUAGUAGUUCCACCACCUCCACCACCACCACCAUCUACCCCGCCACCACCACCGCCGCCACCGCCACCACCGCCACUACCAUCUGCUCGCCCGCCCACGGCAUCGCAUUCAUCAUCGAGCGGUCCCGCAUCGGUCAGCGACGAGACCAUCACUGGAACUAGCAACACGGCGUCAAACUCAUCUACCACCACCACCACCACCUCCGCCUGCUCUUCCUCCCCACCUACAAUCACAACAACAACAACAGCGACCUCGACAUGAUCGCGGUAAGAGACGCAGCAAGAAGCACGGUACCGAACGAAACACGGUUGUUCCCCGUUUUGGUGGGGAGAGGAUAGCAACGGUGGCACAGCAAACAAAAACAACUGCAGCUAAAUACGAGCUAAGAAAGCAGCACAUACACGCCGUCAAUAUGAUGAGACGGGGCUCCGCCAACCGGGUCCUGGCCAAACAUGCGUUUACAGUAGCCUAACGAGAGAACGUGUCGAAUAGCACGGAGAGUGAAGAAACAAAUCUUUUUUGCAUUAUCAUAAAAACACGUGUUGUUGUAAUCCGAUUCCUCCUGCGUUAGCGUCGUGGCUCGUUGCGUAUGAUGCAAACUUGGUUUGUUUGUAUUGCGUACAAUCGUCACUACUCCUGGUACUGCUGCUGCUGUUGUUGUUGCUGGGGCAAUCAAACAUUGAUUAGAAUAGAAACGAGAAUAGUAAGGAGUAGAUGAGGUACAGAAGAAUUAUGAAUCUGCAUUAGAAUCUGCACAGCAGCAGCGCAGUAGUAGGUAGUGGGGUUGCUGCAGCAAACAAAAGCGCACGCGGAACGGGAAGGAUACAGAUAAGAGAAGAAGAAGAAGAAAACAACAAACAAAAACACACAUAAAAAACCAACACAUAGACAGUAGAGACAAGUUACUAUUUGAACAUGAUUAAUGUAAGGUGUAGAAUGUUAGUAGUGAAACAUCUGAUGUUGUACUAUCAUUACAGGAACAUAGGUUGGAAGAAAGAACGGUGUGGAGCAAAAACUCUAUAUACACAUAUACAUAUAUAUAUAUAAAUCUAUAUCAUCUCUAGCUGAUAUACUUGUGCAAUGGAAACACAGAUAAGGGAGAUUUUAAUCCUUUACGGGGACUUAUGUGUUUGUGUUUGUAUUUGUGAGUGUCUAUGUACGCGCUGGGGUUAAAAAUGCUGCACUGUAACAAUUGUGGAUAAUAGUUUGUUUGUUCAUGUUGAGUCUUGCAACUGUUACAAGCUCGAGAUCGUUCGAACCAUGGAGCAAACGGAACAAAACCUUACGCACAUACACAAACACAAAUAUUAACAAAAAUAGCAAAAGAAACUCCUAUCCGGGCGCGCAAGUAUAGAGCAUUACAUAGACACGGAAGCAAAUUCUUAUCACGUCCAUUCGAGACGAACCAAAAGCCAAGUCAUUUCAAAGCGAACAGAUCAACAGAGUGUUUAAUGGGAACAAAAUAUAUCUUUAUGUCGAAACAAAAGAAAAACAUAACAAAAAAAGGAAGAAAAUGGGAAGAAAACGGGCAUGGUAGUAAUGGUAAAAUGCGUUUAGAGAAUUGUUUAGCAAAUGCAGCACAGCAGAGAGAGAGAUAGAGAGAGAGAGAGAGAGAGAGAGAGAGAGAGAGAGAAUGAGAGAAAACUAAAAAAUAUCAGUGACAAAAUAUCAAAAUCAAAACAAAAGAAACAAAAAUCAUUCGUAAACUGACAGGAACAAAUGAGAAGUAAAGCUAUUCGGGGGGAUAGGUAAAUAGAGUGUUGUAUUAAAUUUACAUAAGAGAAAACAAACACACAUACAUACAUCAAUCAUAUACACAUUUUGCAAGCGGAGGUAUAAAGUAAGAACAUCAAACAGAUUCAAGAGCAGCCAAUAUGAUGCACCACCACAGCACUGCAUACCAGGUAUGUGUGCGUGUGCCCAGUCGGCCGCCAGUCGCAUGGGACGGUAUGGGUAUAUUAUGUGCGUGUGUGUAAAAUAAUGUAAGCGAAUUUAGUAAAUUUGUAGUAGUGUUGAAGUUUGCUAGUUGAUGGAAUCAUGAUCAUGAAGCUAUUGAAGACCCCGUGUAUGUGCUGUCAGCAAAAUCCGUUUUUUCGGAGCAUGAGGAAGGCAAUCAAAUCAAUCAAUCAAACCCCCGGAAGUGUGUGCACCUAUACAAACACACACAGACACAGAGAUAGGUACCACAGAACCGCCAGAACAGCCAUCUCACGAUCGUUCUCCUGCAAAAACACCCAAUUAACACUGAAAUAUUUAAACGUUGUUUCUCCAAACCGAAAGCUACACCCAAACCAGUUACAUGUAGGUGUGACGAAAAACGAGCCGCAUUCGCAUCAUGCAGAGCGUCUCGAUAGCGCAGGAUUUGGGGUGGGUUUCUUGCUCGUAUCUUUCUUCGCCUCGACGUCAGAGUUUACUACGGCAUGGAAAGGGAAACGCACAGAACUGGAGGCUUUGUGUGGGUGUUAGCAAAAGUUCAUAAAAAGCGAGCGUGAGAGAAAGAGUACAGCAAAGUACAGUACAGGGACGGGGACAGUGCAGUAUGCGUAGGGAAGGUAGGAACAGUUCAGGAUGAUGCAAGCCACGAUUAGCGAAACCUUCAAAUCAAUUUAAAUCCACCGCGGCGCCGCUGCCCACUAACAGGCGUAACAAAUCAGUUUUGCUUAUUCCCUUUUCCUUUCACAUCUUUACGUUUAUCGUAUCCCCAUUUCGUUCCCACUCAUGGUGCGACUUAUUCUCGAAUUUCAAAUACAUGGCAGUUGAUUUGUAAGAUCGCGUUUAGUAGUAGUAUACGGUAUGAUAAAUGAUCUUUCCUCUCGAUGCUUCAAGCAGUACAAUAGGAUUUACAAGGUCAUGAUGAACAAACACCCAGACAGAGAUAGAGCAGAACAGGAGAUACACCGGGUUACACCAACCGGGUAGGUAUUAUUUGACAUUUAAGGCACUGGGCAGGACAAAAGGCAGCUGGACCCUGGCGAUGGCAGGAGCUAGAUGGGGGCGAUAUAUUUGAAUUUGAAAUAAUUUUCCAGUAUUGUUUAGGGUAUCUGUUAAGAACAGGGAUUAAACGGGCACUGGGCAACCAAUUAAUGCGUAGAUUUAUUAUCGCUAUUAUUAUUAUUAUUAUAAUUAUUAUUAUGACUUUAAUUAUUAUUGUAAUAAUUAUGAGUACGGAGUAAGCGUUAAUGCCGGUGUGGUUGUAUGUGUGCGCUGCAAUAUUUUCUCUUGUCGUCAACUGACGACUCAUUAGAACGUUUAGGGUGGUAAACUGAUCUUGCUUUCUACAGACACAUAUUCGUUAGUUUGCUCUCGAACGGAAGAGCCGUUAGAACAAAACUGCCUACUAACUGUUUUCUUUAUUUUCACUAUUUCUCACACUCCGUUUUUUUCACUCUGCUUUAUCCCAUUUGUAUCUUCUUUUCUCUCUUUCUCUGUUUUAUUUUGUUUGCACCAAUCGUUUAGUAAAGUUUCUUUACUAAAGUUGCUCUGUGUUUGUGCAAUUAUUGUGUGUGUGUUUCCAAAUGCUUCCUUUUUGUGUUCACACUUUCAUGUUCGUGCUCUCUUUCACUCUUUUCCUGUGUUUCAUAUUCUUUCUGUUAUUGAAUUUACUGUACUUGUUCGUUAUUUUCUCUAUCACGUUUCUGUCUCAACUGAAUAAGAGACUUCUGUUUUUCUCUUUCAUCUUAUUUUUCUUUUGUUUUGUUACACUUAGGGUUAGCUUUAGCAAAUAGAGAUUUAUUAAAUACAGAGAGACCAAUUGAGAUUGAGAUUAUAAUACAGUUUUUUUUUCUUCUUUUUCUUUUUGUUAUUAUAUCGUCUGACGAACACCGUGGUAAGACAAAACAAACAUGACAUCGAUUUAAGCUAAAUUGUUGUCUUAUAUUUACAAAGUGGAGCAUUCUUGUUUGAUUAAAUCAUUCCGUUUAUUCCACUGCUGAUUUCUUUUACUUCCCCAUUUUCGGGCCUUAAAACGUUUUUUUUAAUGGAAGCGUUUCGCUUAAUGGUGCAAUAUCGUUGAGAACAGCGAAUGGAAAUUUCUGUUGUAAGAAGUUUUUCCUUCCCCCUCUCCUCCCUUUCCCUCUGCAAGAAAAAGUAGAAAACACCCACUCUACCAUGAGUUUUGGGAUUUAGCUUUUCUUUAAGCUUUCUCUUUCCAUUUUCAAUGGCUUUUUCCUUGUGUUCAAGCAUGUAAAGAAAACACAAGCUUAACUUUUUGUUACGUACGGCUGGCGCAUUGUAUAGGUUGUAAAGAGCGAGCAAGAUUGUUUGUUGAUGUUAAUGUUUUUGGAAGCAAAAGCGACCAAACCCCGCAUGAUAGGGAUGGCAGCUUUUGUUUUGUUAGUUUGUUUGUUUGUUUGCUAAUCGAAUACAUUUCAUUCCCCGGGAAAGGAAAGCAGAUGGAAAACAGGGGUUACUACUGCUUCUAUCACAGCAUACCGUCUGCCGUCAGCCUCAGGUGUGUUGUUUAGACGGUAGGCAUACGGUUGGGACAAUGUGAAACAAGCAACGUGAAAAUGGAAGGAUACGAACAGAGUCAGUAAUAGCGGUAUGGUAACGGAAGUAGUAUGGAAAAAAUGAAAAACAGGGAAACAGAGCGAAACAGAGCGAAACAGAGCGAAACAGAGAAAGAAAGAAAAGAAAACGGGUUUGCUGAGAGAGAAAAAAAGCAUAAGAAAUAGAGUCAGUGAGAUUAAGAAGAAAAGUAAAUCUAUCGGCACAACAUCGGAGAUAAUUUUCUAUUUAAAAACAAAAAAACACACACACACACACAUCCUCACAGGAAUCAUAACAAGUUUAUUAGGCAAUUGAUGGAAAAUUUAGAACAAAAAGAAGAAAAAAAAAACAAAACAAAAAAUUAGCAAAUAAUUGAUAGCACGUGAAUGCUGUUUGAAAGUCGAAAAGAAAACAUGAAGGCCAAAAGAAAAAGAAAAAUAGAACGAUUAGCGAACUGUGCACAACGGAUGAUCCUCCGCAUGCAUAACGAUCAAUAGCUAGAGAUCGUGCGCAGUAGGGGACAACAAAACAACCCUCCCCUCUCCCCAUUUACAACAACCCAAACCACUCAUUCACCCCCCCGUGCAAAAGAGGCGUAGAUAAUCAACAGAGCAUCAACAGUAGAGGAAGAAACGGUGUUACCGAACAAAUGUAACGUUAAACGGUUAGGAGAUGAAGAGAUGGAGAGAAUCGAGAAUCAAUCAACACAGAUCGUCAUCAUUAAAACACACACAACCACACUUUCUUUACACAACAACAACAACAACAAAAACACACCUUUCUCUUUCUCUCUGUCUCUUCUUUGUAUAUCGCGCAGCUGAAGGAUGGGAAUCAAAUUAGCGAAAAAUGUGCAAACAUGCGACACGGCCUCGCUCCGUCACUGCGCAUCUCAAACGAUGGACGGACGGACGGACGGAGGCAAUCAGUGUCGCAGUUGCAGUUAGGCAGGUCAAGCGAAUCACUCUAUAUUGAACCAAAUCUCUGAACCCCUACAGGCGUGCGUACGCGAACAAUGGAGCUGUGUAAACACAACCUCUAUGUCAACCGCGAUGGAGACGCACGGUGUGUGGUUCAACUGAGAUUGAAAUAUUAUAUGUAAGAGAAAUCUCGACAAUCAGAUGAUGUUAUAUUUUAGCGAUAAAUCUUUAAACAAGAAAACCGACAAAACAAAUGGAAAAAGAAAACUGAAUGGUCUAUAAGAGCAAGCUCUAUUAUACAUAUUACACGACCCAUACCCAACACGACACAGAACCACUUCCUCUGCUUACAAAAUCGCGUAAAAAACACAUACACACACACACACACUCAAGCACACAGCCAAACAAACACAUGCAGCAGCAGCGCAGUAAACAAGGAAGGAAAAGAAAACACAAACCAUACCGAGCGUGUUGAGUGUGGGCAAACAAUGGUUGAAUCUUCUUCAUUAUGUGUAGCUUAUAUAUAAAUAUGACAUACAAAAACCAAUCGAAAACUAUCCUUAUCUUAUCCCUUAGACCAGCAGGAGCCAAGCAAGCAAGCGAACAGAACAGAACAUGUAUGUGUGAGUGCGUGUUGCAUAUUUGAAAGUUGCAAAGGAUGGUAAUGUUUCAUAUUUGACAGAAACCCGGUCCCGCACCUCCUCCAUGCCCGUACGAAGGCCCUAUUUGUACAUGAAGCUUGGCUUAAAUGGCCAUUUACGGAACAAUCAAAGCUAUGCUAAAAAGCGAACGAGAGACCGAUACAGGGACGAGGGGUGUGUCGGGUGAUCAACCGGAACAGGGUUUGAAGAAGAAAGAAAAAAACGAAAAACAUUUACCAGCAGCUCUCUUUGUGUAAACUUCUUCACACACACACACAAACACAUACGCUCUUAUAGUAUUGCUCGAUCGCGAGUAGUAUCUUUGUUCACGCGCCCUCCUCACACGAUGCAUGAUGCAGGAAAAGGGUACGAUAGAAGAGCGAGAAAACGCUCGCUACGCUAAAGCGAUACAAUUAUCCAUUUGUGUUUGGUUUUAAGAUUCGCGUCUUUUUUUUUUAUUUUUAUUUUCUUUUUAUAUGGAUUUUUAUACUUUUCACUAUUUACUAGCCAUAAGUUUUCACUAUAAGAAGAUCGAUCGUUUACAACAUAAGCCUCCGGGGGAAGCAAACAAAACCAGAACAGAAUUACAGCAAGCUGCUACUAUUGCUACUAGUGUACUAUCUACUAUAAAUUACUAUAACUACUACUAUCACUCGAACACUAUUAUUACUUCUUUUUCCUCUACUAUUACUACGUCGUCUACCACUACUACUACCACUACUACUACUACUACUACGCUAUUACACUAUCACUAUUGAAAGCAUCUAUUCCAAUCUUUACCUCUCUCUCUUUCUCUCUCUCUCUCUCUCUCUCGCUUUAUCUCUUUCUCCUCGCCACAAUUUCUCUUUCAUGCUCUGACCUGUGUGUGUGAUAAAUCGUUUAUUAUGACUCGCACACAUGUACUAAAUGCAAUCGCUUCGCCACAUUCUUAGAGCAUCGAACGAUUGCAGUACAUUGGCUUCACGGCCAACACGGGCAGCGGCGUUUCUCCAAGCGAGGUUUGCAUUCAAGGAUUUAUUUACCCUUACCCACACAACCCCCUCACCUCCUCCUGGUUCUCUCCUCAACGUAAAACAAAACACAAAAACAAAAUCAACAUAAAAGAGAUUUCAGAAAUGACGAGUUGUAAUGUACCGUGGAUCGCAAAUGUGUAUCAAACAUCCCGCACCGAUUAUGAGAGUAAUGACCGAUACGAUACUACUACUACUACUACUACUACUACACACCGCUAUAUAGAUAGACAUAAUGGGGGGCACACACAGCGUGGGAACAGAAACGGCAACCGAAAAUGCGGUGAUGAGAGAGUACGAAAUGGCAAACAUUUAAAAAAAAAACAAACAA